AUGGUGGAUUAUUACAAAAUCCUCGAACUGCAAAAAAGUGCCUCCCAGGAUGAUAUCAGGAAAUCCUACCACAGACUGGCACUAAAAUGGCAUCCUGAUAAGAAUCUCACCAACAAGGAGGAAGCCGAAAAUAAAUUCAAAGCUGUCACUGAGGCAUACAAAAUUUUGUCUGACCCUCAGAAACGAUCACUCUAUGACAGAUCUCUCAAGGAAAGCCAAUCCCAUAUAGGAAGAAGAGCCACGGGGGACCAUAACAACUUCUUUGAUAUCGCUUACAUAUUCCAAGAUCCCGAAAAUAUCUUUAGGGAAGUCUUUGGAGGGAUGGAUCUCUUCAACAACAUCAGAAACAGUGGAAGAGGAAGCAGCUCCAGUUUGUAUUCUGGAUUGAUGCAGUCCUUUAUGCCAUUUACUUCAUUCGGUCACAGUGGGCAGACCAUCUUCUCCUUCGUUGAGGAAACAGCUGGGCCGCGUAGUUUCAGAUCAGUCUUAACCUCUACUGAAGUGGUCAACGGCAAGAGGAUCACCACCAGGAAAAUCAUUGAAAAUGGGCAGGAGAAGAUAGAAAUUGAAGAAGAUGGCCGGUUGAGGUCUGUGUCAGUAAAUGGAAAAGACCAGCUGAAGCUGUAA